AUGGACUUUCCCGGCAUUGAGAAGUGCUAUUCGCACGUCUCAGUACCCAGGCGUCGUUCAUCCGACUCCUCAUCGUCCUCAAGCGACAUCACACCCACCUCCGCCCUCCACGAACAGUAUGCCUUUGCAUCAGACACCAAGGCACUCACGCCAGUGUCGUCACGGGUAUCUCGGCCGCCCGUAUCCCGACAAUUGACCCGAGUCACCACAGCGGGCACGACCAUGACCCUCGAUCCAGCAUACGAAAUCGAUUUCGAAGUCGACGAUCCCCGAGAUCCCCGAAAUUGGGCAUUAUGGUACAAAGCCCUCGUCAUGUUCUCGAUCUCGUACAGCACUCUAAUCGUCGUGCUCUACUCGACCUCCUACACCGCCGCCAUCGCCGCCAUGAGCGAGGAGUUCAACAUUACCGAUGACGCUAUCACGACGCUCGGUGUGACGACUUACCUGAUAGGUCUGGCUUGCGGCAGCCUUGUCCUCGCACCUAUCUCUGAGACGUACGGUAGGAAGCCAGUCUAUGCGAUCGCGAUGUUCGUCUUCGUUGUGCUGGUCAUUCCGUGCGCAUUGGCGAAGGACAUCACGACGAUUAUUGUCGUGCGGUUCUUUGGGGCGUGUGCGGGAGCGUCGAUGAUUGCGAAUGCACCGGGAACGGUUGGAGAUGUGAUCAGCGAUAAAUAUAGGGCGACGGCGUUCAGUAUUUGGAGUAUCGGGCCGAUGAAUGGGCCUGUGUUUGGCCCACUAAUCGGCGGCUUUACAACCCAAGAAAAAGGCUGGCGCUGGGCCAACUGGGUCGUCAUGAUCGGCGGAGGCGCUGCCUUCCUAAUGAUGGUCAUCAUUCCCGAGACGUACAAGCCCACUCUCCUGCAAAAGAUGGCAGCGAAGAAGCGGAAAGAGACAGGCGACGACAGCUAUUGGAGCAGGUACGACGUGCGCGUGGGCUUUGGAGAGCUGAUGAGGGUCAAUUUGAGCCGACCUUUCGUCAUGGCGGUGAAGGAGCCGAUUUGCAUUUUCUGGAACGUGUAUAUCGCGAUCAUUUAUGGAAUCCUCUACCUCUGCUUCGUAGCCUACCCAAUCGUCUUCGUCCAAGAACGCGGCUGGUCAAUCGGCAUGUCCGGCCUCUCCUUCCUCGGCAUCGGCAUCGGCACCAUGAUCACCAUCUGCUGCGCCAAACCCAUCCGUCUCAUGAUCGAGCGCCACAAACCAGACCCUGUUACCGGCGAGGUACCGCCCGAAAGCAUGAUGAGUGUCGUCUGCAUCGCGGCUGUGUUGAUCCCGGUCGGGGAGCUGUGGUUCGCGUGGACGUGCUAUCCGACUAGUAUUAGUCCGUAUGCUAGUAUAGCUGCGGGGAUACCGUUUGGGGCGGGGAAUGGGGCGGUGUUUAUCUAUGCGAGUAACUAUUUGGUGCAUUCGUAUGGGAUCUAUGCAGCGAGCGCGAUGGCGGGCAAUGCGGUGGUGAGGAGUUUCAUGGGUGGUACGCUGCCGCUGGCGGGGCCGGCGCUGUAUAGGGCGUUGGGGCCGAAUUGGGCCGGGACGUUGUUGGGUGGGCUGGAGAUACUGAUUCUGCCGAUUCCGUUUAUCUUUUAUAGGUAUGGAGGGAAGCUCAGAUUGAAGUCGACGCUGAUCAGGGAGAUGAGGGAGGAGGAGGAGCGGCAGGAGAGGAAGAAGAAGAAGGCGUUGGAGAGGAUUGAAAGGGAAGAGAGGAGGAGGGUGUUGAUAGAGGGGAAGGGUAGGGAAGACGUAGAGGAUACGGACGGGGAGUCGAGGCCGAGUAGUGAGGCUGGUGGCGGUGCUCUGGAGAAAGAGACUGGAAUUGUCAAUGAGCAAUCAAAAGAUGCGAAUGUGCCAUCUGUGACGGUGAGUGGAAGUGGCAGCUCGGAUUGGAAAGAGAAGGACAUGGUCUAG